AGCAUAAAGAUGCUGAAGGGUGUUUGGUUGCUCAGUGUGUUCACAGUGGCUGGGAUCUCGCAGACGGAGAGCCGCAAACCUGCCAAAGACAUUUGCAGCAAGAGCCGCUGCCCUUGUGAGGAGAAGGAGAACGUGCUGAAUAUUAAUUGCGAAAACAAGGGAUUUACAACCGUCAGUCUCCUCUUGCCGCCCCCCUCCAAGAUCUAUCAGCUCUUCCUCAAUGGCAAUGCCUUUACUCGCCUCUUCCCCAAUGAGUUUGUCAAUUAUUCCAAUGCCGUGACUCUGCACCUGGGCAAUAAUGACAUGUUAGAGAUCCGAACUGGGGCCUUCAUAGGUCUUCGAACCCUUAAGAGGCUACACCUCAACAACAACAAGCUGGAAAUCUUAAGAGAGGACACUUUCCUGGGCCUGGAGAGCCUGGAGUACUUACAGGCUGACUACAAUUAUAUCAGUGCUAUCGAGGCUGGGGCUUUCAGCAAACUCAACAAGCUGAAAGUGUUGAUCCUCAAUGACAAUCUCCUGUUGUCAUUGCCUAGCAAUGUGUUCCGAUUUGUCCUGUUGACUCACCUGGACCUCAGAGGGAACAGGUUGAAGAUGAUGCCUUUUGCUGGUGUCUUGGAGCAUAUUGGAGGCAUCAUGGAGAUCCAGCUAGAGGAGAAUCCAUGGAACUGUACCUGUGACCUUCUGCCUCUCAAAGCUUGGCUAGAUACCAUCACUGUUUUUGUUGGAGAGAUUGUUUGUGAAACACCUUUCAGGUUGCAUGGCAAAGAUGUCACCCAGCUCACAAGGCAAGAUCUCUGCCCUCGGAAAAGUGCAGGUGAUUCUAACCAGAGGGAGAAGCACCCUUCCCACUCAGACACACACAUCCAUAGAUUGCCCCCGACAGCUAAUUCUGCCGUUGGAGCCACCAGAGCCCCCAAAGCCAGCCGCCCACCUAAAACAAGGAACCGCCCAACACCAAGGGUCACAGUGUCAAAAGAUAGGCAGAUAUUUGGACCAAUCAUGGUUUACCAGACGAAGUCCCCUGUGCCACUCACUUGUCCAACAGGCUGCGUCUGCACUUCUCAGAGUUCCGACAAUGGGUUGAAUGUCAAUUGUCAAGAGAAAAAAAUAAGCAACAUCUCUGAUCUCCAUCCUAGACCCACAAGCCCAAAGAAACUCUAUCUUACAAGUAAUUACUUGCAAACUAUUUACAAAACAGAUCUCUUGGAAUACAGCUCAUUGGACUUGUUGCAUUUGGGCAACAACAGGAUCGCUGUGAUCCAAGAAGGUGCCUUCUCAAACCUUACCAGUUUGCGCCGCCUGUAUCUCAAUGGCAAUUACCUUGAGAUCCUGUACCCUUCCAUGUUUGAAGGGCUACACAGCUUGCAGUACCUCUACUUAGAGUACAACGUGAUCAAGGAUAUCCUGCCACACACUUUUGAUGCUCUGGGUAACCUUCACCUGUUAUUUCUGAACAACAACCUGCUGAGAUCUUUGCCAGACAAUGUGUUUGGGGGGACCACACUGACCAGACUUAACUUGAGGAACAACCAUUUCUCAUAUUUGCCUGUGCGAGGAGUCCUUGACCAGCUGUCAGCUCUGAUUCAGAUUGACCUUCAGGAAAACCCUUGGGAUUGUACUUGUGACAUCAUGGGGCUGAGGAACUGGAUAGAGCGGGUCACAGAGCAGAACUCCCAGCUAUCGGGACCCCCUGUUGUCAUCAAUGAAGUGGUCUGUGAUUCACCAGCUAAGCACGCUGGAGAGCACCUGAAGUCGCUGAGCAAGGAGGCCAUCUGCCCCGAGAACCCCAAUCUGUUAGAUUCUUCUCUCUUGUCACCGAUUCUGAACACAGAUGCACCGCAUGCCUUCAGUGUCUUCCCCAGCUCCUAUCCGGAAAUACGCACCGAAGUCCCACUCUCUGUCUUAAUUCUGGGCCUGCUGGUUGUGUUUAUUUUGUCAGUCUGUUUUGGGGCUGGCCUGUUUGUCUUUGUCCUCAAACGCCGGAAGGGCAUGCCAAGUGUGCCCAGCAGUGCCAACAACCUAGACGUAAGUUCGUUCCAGUUGCAGUACGGGUGUUACAACAGUGAGACACAUGAUAAAACUGAAGGGCAUGUGUAUAAUUACAUCCCGCCUCCAGUUGGCCAGAUGUGCCAGAAUCCUAUCUACAUGCAGAAGGAAGGAGACCCGGUGGCUUACUACAGGAACCUGCAUGAGUAUAGCUAUAGCAAUCUUGAACCUAAAAAGGAGGAAUCGGCCAGCCUAGCAUUUACAAUCACUGCAGCAGAAAUGCUGGAAAAACAGACCUUUUCCAGGGAACCUGAGCUGUUGUAUCAAAACAUUGUGGAGAGGGUGAAAGAACUGCCGAGUGGAAGCCUCGUCCAUUAUAACUUUUGUACCCUGCCCAAGCGGCAGUUUGCCCCUUCCUAUGAAUUGAGACGACAAAACCAGGACAGGCUAAAUAAAACAGUUUUGUACGGGACUCCUAGGAAAUAUUUUGCAGAACAGUCCAAACCUGAGCUUCCUUUGCUGCAAGGAAAACUACAGACUGAACCAGACUACCUCGAAGUUCUGGAAAAACAAACAGCUAUUAGUCAGCUGUGA